AUUUACAAAGACAAACACACGGUGUCCCACGUUGUUGCUUUGCAACUUGCGACUCUCUCUACCUACGACAACCGUUCUCUCUCGCCGGGAAACUGACAUUGAUCUCUCUCUCCGCCGAUCGCCGCCGAUCCCGCCGCCAUGAGUUCCGGCGAGCUCCUCCACAUACAGCCCCAGGAGCUGCAGUUUCCCUUUGAAUUGAGGAAGCAGAUCUCAUGCUCUUUGCAGUUGUCUAACAAGACUGAUAACUAUGUGGCUUUCAAGGUUAAGACAACAAAUCCUAAGAAAUAUUGUGUCAGACCUAACACUGGAGUGGUGAUGCCUAGGUCUUCAUGUGAUAUUAUAGUAACAAUGCAAGCUCAAAAAGAGGCACCACCUGACAUGCAAUGCAAGGAUAAGUUUCUCCUUCAAAGUGUGGUUGCAAGCCCUGGGGCAACUACAAAAGAUAUCACUCCAGAAAUGUUCAAUAAAGAAUCUGGUCAUGAAGUUGAAGAGUGCAAGUUAAGAGUUGUUUAUGUUGCUCCUCCUCAACCACCGUCCCCAGUUCGAGAAGGAUCUGAUGAGGAUUCAUCACCUCGAGCGUCCGUAUCUGAAAAUGGACAUUCAAGAGCUUUGGAGUUUGCAGGGGCUUCAAAAGCUUUCAAUGAGCGAGGUGAACACCAGGAUACUUCAUUUGAGACAAGAGCUAUUCUUUCAAAGGCAACUGAGGAGAGGAAUUCUGUAAUUGAGCAAAAUAAAAGACUUCAGCAAGAACUGGAGGUUUUGAGGCGCGAAGCCGGCAGAAGCCGCGGCGGUGUACCAUUCAUGUAUGUAGUUCUUGUUGGCAUCAUUGGCAUCAUUUUAGGUUUCCUAUUGAAGAGGACGUGACCUCUGAUUGCCAAGUUCUCCAAAACGAUGAAUUGUAGAAAGCACGAAGAAAUAUGUGCAAAAACCAAUUGUUGUCUUGUUGUCGUGUAUUGCUCCUACAAAUUUGGAAUGUGUGGUCAAAAAUUAGGUACUUCUAUCAGCAAUAGCAAUCAUAGACAGUGGACAAAUUUGUAUCAUGGGAACUGUAUUGUUAUCUUAUGUGGUACAUGUGAUUAAUUCUUUUGCACUUCUA